ACAAACUUACAAAUAAAAGUAAUAAUGUUUAAAAAUAUACCCGAGGAGAAUUCUCAUAAAAAUAAACUACCCUCUAAAAAGCGUAAUAAACGAAAGAAAAAGGGUAAUCAGAAUAAACAAGUAGGAGCCAGAAGAGAUAGAAAGAAAACUACCAAACUGACCUUCGCUAUGUCGGAUUGGGCUGAAAAUUUCGCAUCUGCAGCUACAUGGCAACUGAAACACCAGUUGGCUUACUGGAAAGCACGUGCGAAGUCUCUCGAAUAUGAGAACAAAGUGUUACACGAUAUAAUACGUAAGAAACAUUACAAUCCACAUGGAUCUGAAUGCAGUACUCGAGAACAAUCGGAAUCUGAGGAAGAGAAUGUCACCGAUGAAGAUGGCGUUGGUGAAGAAGACGAAGAUUUUGAAGUUAGUGAGGAGUUUAUUCAGUUCUUAACGACAAACGCUAGGUAUAAAGAGGAAGCAAGACUCGAGAAAGAACGUUUGAAAACUGCUAGUCAAGCAAACGAAAAUUUAGAUACAGAAAUGGAAGAGAGUGUUGAGGAAACUGCAGAGCAGAGGCAAGCAAGAUUGAUGGAUUUAUAUGGGAGAGACUGGCAAAGAAUAUCAGCACUAGAAAUGGCAUUACAGUCAAAAUAUAUUGAUGACAGUGAUAACAACAAACCUGUGUAUUGGCCACAUUUGCCAUUUAACUUGAAUUAUAAUUGAAUGUGUUGAUUUUAUGUGUAUAUAGACUAUUUGUUGCGUUUAACGUUUGAAAUAAAAAUCUGGCACUGGCCGAUUAAGGAUUAGUAUCUGUUGCUUGUACUUUAUGAUAGUCUAUGCUACAUUUAAAAAAGAAUGGAAAUAUAUCAUGGGUUAAAUAGAAAAAUGGCAAUAUUCUAAAAGUUCAUUU